AGAAGGAGAGAAGGAGAGAGAGAGAGCGCGGGAGGGGGAGAGGGAGGCCCCGCGGCCCCGGGGGUCAGAAGGACCAUGACUACGCAGGUGACUUUAGAAGAUGCCCUCUCCAAUGUGGAGUUGUUGGAAGACCUCCCAUUGCCUGAUCAACAACCUUGCAUUGAACCUCCUCCUUCAUCAUUAUUAUACCAGCCAAACUUCAAUACUAACUUUGAAGACCGAAAUGCCUUUGUUACGGGCAUUGCAAGGUAUAUUGAACAAGCAACAGUUCAUUCUAGCAUGAAUGAAAUGCUAGAGGAGGGUCAAGAGUAUGCUGUAAUGCUGUACACUUGGAGAAGCUGUUCACGAGCUAUUCCUCAGGUGAAAUGCAAUGAACAACCCAACAGAGUGGAAAUUUACGAGAAGACUGUUGAAGUCCUUGAGCCCGAGGUCACAAAACUCAUGAACUUUAUGUAUUUCCAGCGCAAUGCCAUUGAGCGGUUUUGUAACGAGGUUAAGAGGCUUUGUCAUGCAGAGAGGAGGAAAGACUUUGUUUCUGAAGCUUAUCUUCUCACACUGGGCAAGUUCAUCAAUAUGUUUGCUGUGCUGGAUGAGUUGAAGAACAUGAAAUGCAGUGUGAAAAAUGACCACUCUGCAUACAAAAGAGCGGCUCAGUUUCUGAGAAAGAUGUCUGACCCACAGUCCAUACAGGAGUCUCAAAAUCUCUCCAUGUUUCUGGCUAAUCACAACAAAAUCACUCAGACACUGCAGCAACAACUCGAAGUUAUUCCGGGUUAUGAGGAGCUACUUGCUGAUAUUGUGAAUAUAAGUGUGGAUUACUAUGAGAACCGAAUGUACCUUACUCCUGGGGAGAAACACAUGUUGCUCAAGGUGAUGGGGUUUGGACUGUACCUCAUGGAUGGAACUGUCAGCAACAUAUACAAACUGGAUGCCAAGAAGCGAAUUAACUUGAGCAGGAUUGACAAAUUUUUCAAGCAAUUGCAGGUAGUGCCCUUGUUUGGUGAUAUGCAGAUUGAAUUGGCCAGAUACAUUAAAACGAGUGCUCAUUAUGAAGAAAACAAAUCAAGGUGGACAUGCACCUCGUCCGGCAGCAGCCCCCAGUACAAUAUCGUUGAGCAGAUGAUUCAGAUCAGAGAGGACCACAUGCGUUUCAUCUCGGAGCUGGCCCGCUACAGCAACAGUGAGGUGGUAACAGGAUCUGGCCGACAAGAAGCUCAAAAAACUGAUUCAGAAUACCACAAGCUCUCUGAACUGGCGUUACAGGGACUUCAGCUCUUGUCCCAGUGGAGUGCACAUGUUAUGGAAGUGUACUCGUGGAAGUUGGUGCACCCCACAGACAAGUACUCAAACAAAGACUGUCCGGAUAAUGCCGAAGAGUAUGAGAGAGCCACGCGAUACAACUAUACCAGCGAGGAGAAGUUUGCACUUGUUGAGGUGAUUGCCAUGAUAAAAGGUCUACAGGUGCUGAUGGGUAGAAUGGAGACGGUUUUCAACUAUGCUAUUCGACACACGAUUUACGCUGCACUCCAGGACUUUGCCCAGAUUACACUCCGUGAGCCUCUGCGUCAAGCCAUCAAAAAGAAGAAAAAUGUGAUUCAGAGUGUACUCCAAGCCAUCAGGAAGACUGUCUGUGAUUGGGAAGUUGGUCAGGAACCAGUGAACGACCCAGCACUCCGUGGGGAGAAAGAUCCGAGAGGUGGCUUCGAUAUUAAAGUUCCUCGUCGGGCAGUUGGGCCAUCCAGUACUCAGCUCUACAUGGUAAGAACUAUGCUAGAGUCGCUCAUUGCUGACAAAAGUGGUGCAAAGAAAACCUUGAGAAGUAGUCUUGAGGGCCCCACCAUUUUGGCGAUAGAAGAGUUUCACCGGCACUCAUUCUUCUACACUCACUUGCUCAAUUUCAGUGAAACCCUUCAGCAGUGCUGUGACCUCUCCCAGCUUUGGUUCAGAGAGUUCUUCCUGGAGUUGACAAUGGGCAGAAGAAUUCAGUUUCCUAUUGAUAUGUCUAUGCCCUGGAUUUUAACUGACCAUAUUUUGGAGACCAAAGAAGCAUCUAUGAUGGAGUAUGUAUUGUAUUCCCUGGACCUUUACAAUGACAGCGCACAUUAUGCACUGACUAAAUUCAAAAAGCAGUUUCUUUACGACGAAAUUGAAGCCGAGGUGAAUCUGUGCUUUGACCAGUUUGUGUACAAGUUGGCUGACCAAAUAUUUGCAUACUACAAGAUUAUGGCAGGAAGUCUUCUUUUAGACAAGCGGCUGCGAGCAGAGUGCAAGAACCAAGGAGCCAAUUUACCAACGCCUCCCUCUAAUAGAUAUGACACUUUAUUGAAGCAAAGACAUGUGCAGCUUCUUGGUAGAUCAAUAGACCUGAACCGGCUGAUCACACAGAGAAUUUCAGCAGCUGUGUACAAAUCGUUGGAAUUGGCAAUUGCCCGAUUUGAGAGUGAGGACCUGACCUCCAUUGUGGAGCUUGAUGGUCUGCUUGAAGUCAAUUGCAUGAGUCACAAACUGCUCAGCAAAUACCUGACCUUGGACAGUUUUAAUGCUAUGUUCAGAGAGGCCAACCACAACGUCUCUGCACCAUAUGGAAGAAUAACUCUACACGUCUUCUGGGAACUGAAUUACGAUUUCCUUCCAAACUACUGCUACAAUGGCUCUACACAGAGGUUUGUGCGCACCGUACUGCCAUUCUCUCAGGAGUUUCAAAGAGACAAGCAACCAAAUGCACAGCCACAAUACCUAUAUGGGACCAAGAUUCUGAAUUUGGCAUACAGCAGCAUCUAUAACAACUACAAGAACUUUGUGGGUCCCCCUCAUUUUAGAGCAAUUUGUAAGCUCCUGGGCUACCAAGGGAUUGCUGUGGUAAUGGAAGAGUUGCUAAAAGUCGUCAAGAGCCUUUUACAAGGCACCAUUUUGCAGUAUGUGAACACUUUAAUGGAAGUAAUGCCUAAAAUUUGCCGUUUGCCAAGGCAUGAAUAUGGUUCACCAGGGAUCCUGGAGUUCUUCCACCACCAGCUGAAAGACAUUGUGGAAUAUGCCGAGCUAAAGACAGUGUGUUUCCAGAAUUUACGAGAAGUGGGGAAUGCAGUUCUCUUCUGCCUUCUUAUUGAGCAAAGCCUGUCUCUUGAAGAAGUGUGUGACCUGUUGCAUGCAGCACCGUUCCAGAACAUUCUGCCCAGAGUUCAUGUGAAAGAGGGCGAGCGACUGGACACAAAGAUGAAAAGACUGGAGUCUAAAUAUGCUGCACUUCACCUUGUUCCACUGAUCGAGCGCCUUGGAACACCCCAGCAAGUUGCAAUCGCGAGGGAAGGCGACCUCCUGACAAAGGAACGUCUGUGCUGUGGUCUGUCCAUGUUCGAGGUGAUCCUGACCAGGAUCCGCUGUUUCCUGGAUGAUGUGAUCUGGCGUGGCCCUCUGCCCAGCAACGGGGUGAUGCACGUGGACGAGUGUGUGGAAUUCCACCGGCUCUGGAGCGCCAUGCAGUUUGUCUACUGUAUCCCAGUGGGAGCACACGAGUUCACUGUAGAGCAGUGCUUUGGCGAUGGUCUGCACUGGGCUGGCUGUAUGAUAAUCACUCUCCUGGGACAGCAGAGAAGAUUUGACGUCCUUGACUUCUGUUACCAUCUGCUCAAAGUACAGAAGCACGACCAGAAAGAUGAAGUCCUCAAAAACGUGCCUCUGAAGAAAAUGGUGGAAAGAAUUCGUAAGUUCCAGAUUCUCAACGAUGAGAUCUUCACCAUUUUGUGCAAGUACCUAAAAGCGGGCGACGGUGAGAAUGUCCCCGUGGAACACGUGCGUUGCUUCCAGCCGCCCAUCCACCAGUCUCUGGCCAGCUCCUGAGAACCCCGCGGCAAUCCUUCCUGGGAUAUCCGUCAGCCUAACAGUCAAGCUGAGAGCAUCUGCGUUCUAAAAUGAUACUGUGUUUUAAUGGUGGGCAAGUGGCAGAGGUUAGAGUUAGCUGCUGGGUGAUGUGGACACGGUUUGCUGUGGUGAGGGCUUUUCCCUGAUUUUUAUUCUUCCAACAAACACGAUCAGCAAUAAGUAAUUGGAAAAGGGUCAAAGAUAUUUUCUAGAGAUUAUUUUAGUUACAAAGAUUGCUUAAAGGAAUUUGUAAUUGGAAAUGUAACCUCUGCUUUGUAAUGAUGUUCGGUUAUAAAAUGAUUAACAGAAUUUUUCCAAAUAUAUAUUUUACUACACUAAUCGACACUCAAUAAUGCAGGAUACUGGCACUGUACUAAACAUUGUCUGUUUUCUAUACUGUACCAAUAAUUUGUUUUGCUUCUAACUUUUUAUUCUGAGUAUAUUCCCUGGAUAAUCAACCAAUUUACCAUUUAGUUGGCAAUAAAUUUUAAAGCGAGUCCUGCCACUUUUUUGGUUUGAAAUGUUGAUCAGCAUUCCUUCACCUGUUUACAUCGCACGUGGGAAUAAAACCGCUGAGACACUGAAA